AGAUGCCAAUGUGCGAUUAACCUACAAGACUAACACACACUAAAACCCUCCCCCAAUUCUCAAUCAAAAGAAAAACCCUAGGAAAACGAUUGCUGCAAUUCGAAAGAGGCGAGAGAGAGAGAGAAACAGCGAUCAAGAUGAACAAGAAGGAGGUAUUCAAGUUGGCGAAGGGGUUUAGGGGAAGGGCGAAGAAUUGCAUACGAAUUGCGCGGGAGAGAGUGGAGAAGGCGCUGCAGUACUCUUACAGAGAUCGCCGCAACAAGAAGCGGGACAUGCGCUCUCUCUGGAUCCAGCGCAUUAACGCCGGUACCAGACAGCACGGGGUGAACUACGGAAACUUCAUGCACGGGCUAAUGAAGGAGAACAUUCAGCUGAACAGGAAAGUUCUCUCUGAAAUAUCUAUGCACGAGCCAUAUAGCUUUAAAGCUCUGGUGGACAUUUCUCACAACGCCUUCCCUGGGAACAAGGCGGCUGCGGCUCCCAAGAAGGAGGGCCUGGCGAUUCUUCUCUGAACGUGGUUUUGAUUUUAAAGAUGACUAUCCUACACAUGUGCAGCCUCAUUUUCUCUGCUGAUGUUUCACUUUAUGUUGAUGCUGAAGUUAUGCAGGAAAAUCUUGAUUCCAGAAAUGCACUUGCAAUUACUCAGAAUCUUGAGAGUUUGUAUCUGGCAUUUUGUGUUCCCCUCUGCACCUAAUUUUUCUGCUGUCGUUUUGUAUUAAUGCAUUUUGAAUAAAUUUUAGCCACCUUUUAUGCACAAGCGGAAGUAAAAUUGAUCUUUCUACUA